CACCUCUACCCUCACCCACCUUCACAACACAACACAACCCCAGAGUCGAGAGGUAAAAUCGACUCAAGAUGUCCUCACCAGCUCGCCGCCAGCGCAGUUCCCAAGCUGGGACCCCGCGACGGGCAUCCCAGCGCCCUGCCUUCCCCAGCAGCCCUCCCGAUCUUGCUGCCGCCCAGCUCCACAGCGAAGCCGCUGGAUCCCAAGGAGGCAAUGCUACGCCCCGACGGACUGCUCCCUCAUCCUCGCCGAUGGUUUAUCGCUCAUCGUCUGUGGACCCCGCAAGAGUCUCCCGCGAGGUCAGCUCUCCUUUCAGACAGACCCAGUCGACGACAGAUGGUGAUCGAACUCCACGAGCCAGUGCGCUCGCCGACGUGUCUUCACCGAUUCGAUAUAUGUCAAGUUCCAGCCCGAAUGGAGGCCGCCAGCAAUCAGCGCUCCCUGAUAUUCGAAGUGACAGCAGCGCCUUGUUCGUUCGUUCGUCUCGAUCGCUAGGCCCGGGUUCCGCUGUCAAUAAUUCUAGACGUGGAGAUAUUAGUUCUGACAAUAUUAACACUCCCCGCGCUCGAAGACGAAUUUUCAUGGAUGAGAGUGGCCGAGUCGUGCGAGACGUCCCAGCCGACUCCGAAGCCGCUACGUUCUCGAAUAUUGAUCCCACCACGUCCGAUGCGCAGGCAUUGGGAGGUAACUCUACAUUGUGCAUCUGGGGAACCAACGUCUCGAUCAAUGAUACCCUGUCCGGCUUCAAAGACUUCCUUCGCAAUUACACCAAGAAGUACCGGAUGUGGGCAGAUGGCAUGUCUCAGGAGGAAACCGAUGCCGAUGCGGAUUCAAGUACCAAGGAGUAUAUGGAGAUUAUGAAGAACAUGUUGACACUGGGAAUUACCAGUUUGAACUUGGAUUUCCGGAACCUGAAGGCCUAUCCCCCAACCAAGAAGCUCUGGCAACAGGCGCAAGAUUAUCCUCAGGACAUUGUCACGCUCAUGGAUCAAGGCAUCAAAGACGUUAUGUACGAGAUUGCCGAAGCAGAGAUGGCUCAGCAGAGACAACAAUCUCAAAGUUCUGCUGGACAGGGCUCCCAACGGACUAGAGUUGAGAGCUCUGAGCCCCCUGUUCCUAGCUCUGAGCGAAGUGAGCCUGAAGGGCAGACACCGAGAGAACAAGAACCGGCUGAAGUGGAUCUCUGCCAAGAGGUUCAGAAGCGCUCAUACAGAGUUCGACCUUUUGGUCUCGAUGCCACGGUCAACAUGAGAGACCUCAACCCUUCUGAUGUCGAUAAGAUUAUUGCUAUCAAGGGUCUUGUCAUCCGUACUACUCCAGUUAUUCCGGAUAUGAAGGAUGCCUUCUUCCGAUGCCAGGUCUGCAACCAUACAGUGAAGGUCGAUAUUGACCGUGGUAGGAUCGCCGAGCCCACAAAGUGCCCCCGUCCAGUCUGUGAAUCGCCGAAUUCGAUGCAAAUUGUCCACAACCGAUCUGGGUUCAUGGACAAACAAGUCAUCAAGCUCCAGGAGACCCCAGACUCUGUGCCAGCAGGGCAGACUCCUCACUCGGUCUCUCUGUGCGCAUAUGACGAACUAGUAGAUCUUUGCAAGGCUGGUGAUCGGGUUGAGAUUACUGGUAUCUUCAAGGCGAGCCCUGUUAGGGUCAAUCCCCGACAACGCACUCAAAAGAGUAUUUUCAAGACAUACAUCGACGUGUUACACAUCCAGAAAGUUGACAAGAAACGCAUGGGAAUUGAUGCUUCCACCUUGGAGCAAGAUAUUAAUGAAGAGCUUUCUGGAAAUAUCGAGGAGACGAGGAAGAUUAGCGAAGAAGAGAUCGAGAAGAUCAAGGCCACUGCUGCCAGACCUGAUAUCUACGAACUCUUAUCUCGCUCACUUGCUCCCAGCAUCUUUGAGAUGGACGAUGUAAAGAAGGGUAUCCUGCUCCAGCUGUUUGGAGGCACGAACAAGACAUUUGAGAAGGGUGGAAGUCCGAAAUACCGAGGAGAUAUCAACAUUCUGCUCUGCGGUGAUCCCUCUACAUCAAAAUCUCAGAUCUUGAUGUACGUCCACAAGAUUGCCCCCCGUGGUGUAUAUACCAGCGGCAAAGGAUCAUCAGCUGUUGGUUUAACAGCCUAUGUCACUCGAGACCCUGAGACCCGGCAGCUUGUGCUCGAAUCUGGUGCUUUGGUCCUUUCUGAUGGAGGUGUUUGCUGCAUUGAUGAAUUUGAUAAGAUGUCAGACGCGACUCGAUCAGUCUUGCACGAAGUUAUGGAACAACAGACGGUCUCCAUCGCCAAGGCGGGUAUCAUUACCACUUUGAAUGCUCGCACCAGCAUUCUCGCAUCCGCAAAUCCCAUCGGAAGCAAAUACAACCCAAAUUUACCAGUUCCACAAAACAUCGACCUCCCCCCAACCUUACUCUCAAGAUUCGAUUUGGUGUACCUUAUCUUGGAUCGCAUUGACGAGACGAGCGAUCGGCGCUUGGCCAGACAUAUGCUCAGCAUGUACUUAGAAGACAAGCCGGAGAGUGCGGCUGGGGGGAUGGAGAUUUUGCCAAUCGAGUUCUUGACAUCCUACAUUUCGUACGCCCGGCAAACAUGUCAACCAAGAAUCAGCCCUGAAGCUCACAAAGAGCUCGUGGACUCCUACGUCGAAAUGCGCAAGCUCGGCGAAGAUGUUCGAGCUGCUGAACGCCGCAUUACUGCUACCACCAGACAAUUGGAGUCGAUGAUCCGUCUCUCUGAAGCCCAUGCCAAGAUGCGUCUCUCUGAGACUGUUACACGUGACGAUGUCAUCGAGGCUGUCCGUCUCAUCAAAUCAGCCCUCAAGCAAGCAGCCACCGAUGCUAGAACCGGUCUUAUCGACAUGAGCCUUCUCACGGAAGGUACCAGUGCCAGCGAGAGAAGAAGAAAGGCAGAUCUGAAGAAUGCUCUCCUGGGUCUCCUGGAUGAGAUGACGAGACAGGGCCAAGCAGCUAGAUAUAGUGAGGUGGUGAAGAGGAUGGGCGAGCAGAGUAGUAUUCAGGUUGAGGGGCAAGAGCUCGCGGAGGCACUAAGGGGAUUGGAGCAGGAGGGCUCUAUUAUGAUUUUCGGCGAGCAGCUCCGAUCGAGCGUCAUCAAGGAGUACCAAUGGUACUAUAUUGCAUAUGAUGAGCUCAAGGAGCAACUGAAGCUCCCUUACGUUACCCCGCCGACCAAAGACAACCCCAGGCCCAAACGAAGAGAAUGGACGGAAGAAGACGAGAGGACGUUCAUCGACCAUCUGGAGCAGGAGCUGGACAAGGUGCAUACGAAGCAGAAGGUCAAGGCCAUUGAGAUCAGCAGGAGAAUCGCCAGUGCGGAGAAGGAGGUCAAUGAUGUCGUUUCCAGGCUGGAUUCGAGAGGUCCUGUUGGAAGGGAUAGCCAAUCGAACAACGACGAUGCGCCGACCGAGGAAGAGUUUAUGAUGUUGGAAGAGGACCUGAGCGAUAUCAUUGCGGAUGUUCACGACCUUGCCAAGUUCGUGCAGCUGAAUUAUACCGGGUUCCAGAAGAUCAUUAAGAAGCACGAUAAACAAACAGGAUGGAUGCUGAAGCCAGUCUUCGCCACGAGGCUGAAAGCAAAGCCAUUCUUCAAGGACAACUACGAUGCAGACAUCGUCAAGCUGUCAAAAUUGUAUGAUAUUGUCAGGACGCGGGGGCAUCCUGUUAAGGGGGACAGCUCCGCGGGUGGGAGCCAAGGUAGCUUUAUUCGAAAUACCACCAAAUAUUGGGUGCACCCCGAUAACGUCACUGAAGUAAAGCUUCUUAUAUUAAAGCAUCUACCUGUUCUUGUGUUCAAUCCAAGCAAGGAAUUCGAACCGAAAGACUCUGCUAUUACAUCCAUCUACUACGAUAAUCCGGAUACCUGGGAGCUAUAUGAGGGUAGACUGAAGAAGAGCGAGGGUGCAGAAGCGAUCCGGCUCAGAUGGUAUGGUGGGAUGGACGUAGAGCAAAUUUUCGUGGAAAGGAAAACUCAUCGUGAAGACUGGACCGGUGAGAAAUCGGUAAAAGCCAGAUUUGGCAUCAAGGAGAAGAACGUCAAUGCAUACAUGAAGGGAGAGCUGCUCCCGGAGGCUAUUUUUGAGAAAGCUCGGAAGGACGGCAAGAAGCCUGCGAAGGCAAUCGACGAAGACGAGAGACUGGCGAAGGAAAUUCAGUACUCUGUCUUAAAGCGGGGUUACAAGCCAGUGUGCCGAUCCUUUUACAACCGGACUGCGUUCCAAUUGCCUGCUGAUGCACGAGUCCGGAUCUCUCUCGAUACAGAACUUACCAUGAUCAGAGAAGAUAACCUUGAUGGAAGGACGAGAUCCGGGGAUAACUGGCGACGUAUGGAUAUCGGUAUCGACUGGCCAUUCUCUCAACUACCUCCAGAAGACAUCGAACGCUUCCCUUAUGCUGUUCUCGAAGUCAAGCUCCAAACGCAAGUGGGACAAGAACCACCCGAGUGGGUGCGUGAACUAAUUUCUAGCCAUCUCGUUGAGGCAGUCCCUAAAUUCUCCAAGUUCAUCCAUGGUGUCGCAACCCUCUUCCCGGAUCGCAUUCAUCUCCUCCCCUACUGGAUGCCUCAAAUGAACGUCGAUAUCCGAAAGCCUGUUACCUCUCGCUUCGGUAUCCAACGUCCUGGGCAAUCAACAAAUAGUUCCACGAGCGAAGAUGACGAUGACGAUGACGAUAAUGAUGAUUCAGACGACGAGGAUUAUGGCGGAACAUCACAAUCUGCUGUCACUGGUGGGCCCGGCGAGCGUGCCCAACGACUCCGUGAUGCCCGUGAGGAUCGUGCAAGGGGUAACGAACUCGAUAUCGAAGAAGAAGUGGGUGCUCAACCAAUCAGUGAAGAUUAUCCCUUAUACGACUCGGAAGAUGAAGAUAGCCAGGACGAUGGUAUUGAGGAAGCACGACGGAUUGGUGGAUGGCCAUAUUACUCCAAGCUCGUAAAGAAGUACACGAAGUUAGCAGGUCAACGUGCUGCGAACGUGUUACAUGCGUUGAGUCCGGUUCCCAGAUCGUCAACACUCCCUACCAAUGGGUCAAUGGAGCCUCUCCGGAGGGAUCAAGUCCAGGAUAAGAGAUUUAAGGCUCCAAAGGGCAAAAAAAUUCACGUCCCGGUACGAGUGGAGCCAAAAGUGUAUUUUGCUGCCGAAAGAACGUUCUUGGCUUGGCUCGAAUUCUCAAUCUACAUUGGCACAAUCGCGGCGACCCUUCUCAAUUUUGGUGCCAAGCCAACAUCGGUGUCUUUCAUCGCCUCGGGUGUCUUCUCCGUUGUCGCCAUAAUGUCUCUCAUCUACUCUGUAGGCAUUUAUCUCUACAGAAGCCGGUCGAUAAGACUACGGAGGGCGAUCAAGUAUCAUGAUAAAUAUGGCCCAUCUAUUCUCUGUGCGGCCCUGUUCACGGCGGUGGUUCUGAAUGUAGUGUUCGAGUUGCAAGAUCGGGGUUUUCUAUAAAUAACCGAACUAAGGGGGGGAAUGAAGUGGACGAUGAGAAGAGAGAAGAGG